UCGUGUUGUGGGGGUUUGUUAUAAGAUGAACUGCUGCCCAUCAUCUCAAACUUCAUCAGUGACAGACAAUUGUACCCCACACGAGGCCAUCACCAGUCGCUAAAAUGAGCACCUCAACACCCCCUUCCACCGCCGACUCCCCGGCCGUCAUAACGACAACAACCAAAGAACCACAAGAAAAGCGCAUAUGGUACCGCACGACGCUCUUCAACGCCUUCGUGAUCGGGGGCGUCGGGUUCCUAGCGCCCGGUCUCUGGAACGCAAUGUCCAACCUAGGCGCGGGUGGUGCUCAAGAGCCUUACCUAGUCAACGCCGCGAACGCACUCGUCUUCGGAAUAAUGGGAUUUCUCUGCCUCCUCGGCGCGCCCCUCUCCAACCGCAUCGGCCUACGGUGGACUCUCUUCUUAGGCGCCAUCGGAUACCCCGUCUACAGCGCGGGGUUAUACACGAAUAACCGAUACGGCAACGUCUGGCUCGUUCUCGUCGGCGCCGUAGCUUGCGGGUUAUCCGCAGGAUUGUUCUGGGCUAGUGAAGGCGCCGUCGCAAUCGGGUACCCCGAACCCGGGAAACGGGGUCGGUAUCUGAAUAUCUGGCUCUGGUUCCGAACCGGUGGACCAUUAGUCGGCGGCGCGAUUGUACUUGCAUUGAAUAACGACGCGCAUGCGAAGGCUAAGGGGAAGGUUGGAUACCAGACGUACCUGAUUUUCAUCGCUUUGCAGUGCGUCGCUGCGCCUCUCGCUCUUGCGCUUUCACCGCCGGAAAAGGUGCAGAGAUCGGAUGGGUCUAAGGUUGUGAUUAAAAGCGAGGCGUCGUUUACGGCGGAGCUUAAGGCGUUGUGGACUACGAGCAAGAGAAAGGAUAUUUUGCUCUUGCUGCCGGUUUUUUGGGCGGCGUAUUUUAAUCAGUAUAGCAGUAACUUCCAGACGUACUAUUUCGGCGUGCGCGCACGUGCGUUGAUUGGGUUUGUUACCCAAUUCGGCACGUUGUUGUCGUCGCAGCUUAUGAGUGCGCUGCUGGAUUACAAAGGUCUACCCGUGAAGCGACGCAUCGUGAUCGGAUUCUGGUAUGUGGUUGUGUGGCACAUUAUUGCCUGGGUAUACGCCUGGGUCAUCCAGGAGAAGUACACACGAAACCCACCGGCGUACGAUUGGGAGGAUAAGGGAUUCGUCGAGGGAUUCUUCGUUUUGAUACUUUGGGAAUUCUCGCGACAGGCGUUGCAGAAUUGGUUGUACUACCUCGUCGCUACGAAGACCGAUAACAUCUCCGAAAUAACCCGGUUCUCCGGUAUCCUGAGAGGCCAAGAGAGUUUCGCGCAGGCAGUUAGUUACGGUCUAAAUACUCAGAAAUGGGUUGGUGGUCGAGUACCUUUGGCUGUGAACACGAUCUUGCUUGGUCUUGCAGCAUUCCCCACUUGGCUCGUCGUCCGUGACCUUGUCCCGAUCGAAAAGGAGCCAACCUCUGACACCGACAGCCACGUAGAGGAUGGUCUUGGUACAAAUCGAAUCUUAGAUGCCGACCCGAAGGAGAAAGCAGUAAUUGGAAAUGUUAGCGUUGGGUCGGGUGCGGCGAUGUAGGGCAUUUUGAAGCAUGAUAGUAGUUUAGUUCGAAUCUAGGCUGUCGUAAUAUCAAUAUUGAGAACUGUGGAAAGCACUUGACGAUUUAUGUGGUGAUGGCAUCGUAUUUGAGUGAUUAAAUGAAUACUAGCGUAUUGGUAAGAUUGGUGGCUUGCGCCGACUCCGAUAUCUGACACUUCAAGAACAUGAC